AUGGAAUCAGUGCAUAACAACAUUGUUGGUCUUGAAGACAAUAAACCAACACAGAUCCAAAAGCAACCACUCUACUCUCAACAUAACCUUUCCGGGCAUCAAAGUCAGUCUUUAACAGGUGCUCCCACACUUCCACCGCCGCAGAAUCAAGCGGUCUCAAAUGUUCAUGAUAUGUCGAAUUCAGGGAGAGCAGCCACAAGGAGCUUGACCAAUUCUAAACGUGCUGCACAAAAUAGAGCCGCCCAACGCGCUUUUCGUCAACGUAAAGAUAGAUACAUUAAAGAUUUAGAAGCAAAAGCAAAAGAAUUGGAAGCCACAAAGAAACAGGUGGAAACAUUACAAAAAGAAAAGGCGGAAAUGGCCGCGAUCAUCCGUACUUUGCGGAACGAGAAUGCAAAGUUAAAGGGCGAGGAAGUCGUUGAAGAUGAUAAUAGAAAUAAUGGAACAAAUUCUGGUGCUAGCUCAAAUUCUGGCUAUCCUCAUUAUAAUAAUUCAUCAUCGCGAAACGAUGAUGAUAAUGCAGGUCUUGGUGAUGAACCAUGGCUUAGAAAGGAUUCCGGUCGUAAAGAGGGUUUGUCAUCUCUUACUGAUAAUUCACCCAGAGGAUCCGGAAUUGUCCUACCACCUGGUCCACACACAGAUUCUACUGUUGAACCUUUUUUCAGACCUGAUUAUCGUCAUCAAAAUUCCAAUAGUCCAUCUCCACCAUCAUCAACUUCAUCCGAUCGUAACCGUGGUUCAUAUGGUGCUUCACAAAGCGCUAACGGAAGAGCUGGAUACUCGAGCAAUGACGAAGAUACUGAUCGAGUAUACGACGACUUGUGUGAAUUAUUGAAAACGAGAUCACGUCCGGCUUUACCGCAAAAUAUUGGUAUGAAUAUUUGGCCACAACCAUCACAGCAAAUUAAUCAAAAUAUUGUAUCUACCGCUAAUGGUAGUGGUACUGUUGUGGGGUGA